CACGCCAGAAUGGACUCAUUAGGCGCCUCCGGCCUCAGCGCCUUCCAAAACGACCCAAAGACGCAGCUCAUGCGUCAGGUGCAGCAGGAUGCUGCCCUCCAGAAUGCCCGCAUGCUCGUCGAGAAACUCAACGAACAUUGCUUCGAGCGCUGCGUCCCCAAGCCCGGAACCUCCCUCUCCAAAGGCGAAGAAACCUGCUUCACGGCGUGCAUGGAGAAGUAUAUGCAGGCGUGGAAUACCGUGUCGAAGCAGUAUGUGGCAAGGAUACAGAAGGAGUCACAGCAGGGCGGGAGUCUAUGA